AUGUGUGAGUGGUACCGACGCAACUACGCCUGCGGGCACCACUUCACCGGCGCCUCUGAGUGGUGUUACCGGUACAGCCAGACGCAGAAACGCUGCAAGGUCGUCGUGACACAAGUCGACUACGACCCGUCUGUGUGCAAAAGUUGUGUGAAAAAGGGCGUCAAGACCGAGGUGCCAUGGGAGCACAUGAUCGACCGGACCAAGUUCGACCCCAACCGGGACGAGUGA